CGCAGGGGUCCCUGCUGGUUGGGCGCGCGCUGCUGCCGCCGCCGCCGCCGCUGCUCUUGCUGCAGUGCUUGCAUUUGUGACCAAGCGAGGAGAGUGACUAAGCACUUUUCCUUGCGGCUCUCUCUCAUCAUGGGGACGGAGAGCGGCCUCGGCGGGGUCCUGCUCGGGCAGGCAGGCACCCUGAACCUCCAGACGGGGAACCUCAUGAACUGGGGCCGCCUGAAGAAGAAGUGCCCGGCCAGCCCCAGCGAGGAGCUGCGAGAUUGCAUUCAGAAAACCUUAAAUGAAUGGAGUUCAAAGAUCAGCCCAGAUCUAAUGCAGGAGAUGCCAGAAGUCCUUGAUUGCACUAUAGCUCAAGCAAUAGAAAAGAUCAAUACUGAAGAAAGGGAAGAACUUAAAGUUUCAGCAAAAUUGUUUAUUGCUGGAUCAAACAUCGCAUCGAUCAGAGAAGCAGUCAGUAUGACAUGUUCUGCCCUUGGAGUUGACCAGUUAGAUUCUGUGAUCAUUGCUCCUCCUCCAACAGAAGAUGGAAUUAAUCUUUCUUUAGAGUAUUUACAGCCUUACUGGGCAGAGCUUGAAAACUUGGUUCAAAACAAACAGGUUAUUGCCAUAGGGACCUCUGACCUAGAUAAAACACUGUUGGAGCAACUAUUCUUGUGGGCACAGGUGAAACCAAGCAGUAAUCAGGUGAAUCUCGCUUCCUGUUGUGUGAUGCCCCCAGAUUUGACUGCAUUUGCAAAAGAGUUUGAUAUCCAGCUGUUAACUCAUAAUGAUCCAAAAGAACUGCUUUGUGAAAAAAGUUUCCAAGGAACCCUUCAAGAAAGCUUCCCAGACUGUCAAGUGCAUGAAUGGACUCCACUGUGGCUUCUACGAUACUCAGUUAUUGUAAAGAGCAGAGGAAUUAUCAAAUCCAAAGGCUACAUCUUGCAAGCUAAAAGAGUACCAUCAUCUUAAAGUCGUUCUUAAUAAUAAACUUCCUCAGAGAGACCCUAUCUAUCCUUGCACUAUUGCAAACUGGAAUUCAUAAAGACCAAACAUUUUUCUUAUCAGUCAGUGAAACCCAUAUUACAUAGUGGCAUAGCAAUUGUAUGCCAUUGUUGUCUUUUGCCUUUCUUUUUCUUUCAUAUGUGGUCUGUGUUGAGAACAGCUUGUUCACAUGUGAAAUGCUGUUUUUCAUUCAAUUGUCUGCUGAUAUAGAGAUUAUACAGAGAGAAAGAAAAUAAUAUUUAGAAUAUUUUAAUGACUAAUAUAAACUAAACAUCUGACUAGGUAUAUUUUGAUUGAAUUAUUUUGAGUUGCAAAGAGAAAUUUAACUUGUUAAACCUUGUUGCUGCUAGACUGAUAGCAGACUAAAUACAGUAGUAGUAACACUGAUGGAAUAAGCAGCUCUGUUAUUUAAGACAGUGGUAUAAAAUUAAGUGAAUGCAAGCAAAUUCCUUAAAAUAUACAUGAAUUUAUAUUUGGUUCCCUACCCCAAACAAAUCAUAGUACAAUGGGCCUUUUAUUUGGUCCGGAAUACCUUUAUUUUCUACUGUUGUUGCUGUGUCAGAUUCCAAUGGCUUGGGUCCAAGACAUAGCACGUUUCCAACAGUCUUGGGGACCUCUGAUCAGAAUUUGCAUUACCCAGAAGAAGUUUGUGUUUUCCUCAUAACACAAAAAGUUUGGUGCAUUUAAUGCUUUUGGCUACUUAGUUUAAGGAACUGUUGCAAUAGAAACAGCCUUCUAAUUGUCAUCAGGAUAAUUUCAAAAGUAAUGUUUUCUAUACAAAGAAAGGCAUUUUGUAAAUUUUGUGUUAUGUCAAUAAGUUUAAAAUUGGUAUCUGUAAACCUAUUAAUGCAUCAAUGAAAGGCAUCAUAAGAAAUAGUAAACUUUAUCUACAGUCUAAAUUUUUAAUGUUUUAAUAACAGAAAAGACGACUUAGGCAGCUAGACUGAAUAAAUUUAGUCUGUCAUCAUAUUUAUAUACUGUACUUUGAUCCAUUCCAAUGGAUUAAUUUCUCGUGCUUUUUAAAAAAUAUUUCAGUAGAGGGUUUUGGUGCUGGGUCCUAAAACAUUUUGUAAGCCUGUGAUGAAUACCUCAGAUCUCAGCUGUUAUUUGCAAAUAAGCAUGCAUCUGCACUGCAGAAAUAAUAAUCCACUUUAACUGCUAUGGCUCAGUGAAUCCUGGGAUUUAUAGUUUAUUGUGGCACCAGAGCUCUCUAACAGAAGGCUAAAUAUCUCACAAAACUAUAAUUCUCAGAAUUCUAUAACAUUGAGCAAUGGCAAUUAAGCUGGUGUCAGACUGGAUUAAUUCUGCAGAGUGGAUUAAGCCUAACUUCCAUUAUCAAGUCGUUGAAAUCAUUGAGGCCUUAGUAGUGAGUAAUGCAUGAGGCUAACUACCCAAGUUUUGGAAAAUUAAUAGAAUUGACCUGAAUAAAACCUGUACUACAGGUUUCUGGAGUAAGCUUCAAUUGCUGCUUAUAAUAAUUGAAUAACUCUAAAGGUGAUAAUAAAAAUAAAUGUAUUGAAAUCUUCUGUUAAUCAAAAAUGGGGUUUGAUGAAAUAAUAAAGUGGUGGAACUGUAGAGAGCUGCAGUUAUGUUGUCAAGAAUUAACUGAUCUUUCUUAAACCUGUGUACCAUGAACUUUUUAAUAGUUUGAAAUGUUUAUUGUAGAUUAAAAAAAGAGCUUGCUUUACAGAAA